UUUCUCACCACCGGAAGUCAGUCCGUUUUCGUGCGCUCCGUCGCCCCGUGGCCGCUGGGGCUGGCUCUGGCCUGAUGGCCUAUUCUUUCUUUCUUCAUAGUGGCGCCCCCUCUCCUCCUUCCUUUUUCCCAGUUUCAUCAUGUCGAAGAGAGGACGUGGAGGAUCGGCCGGAGCCAAGUUUCGGAUUUCCCUGGGUUUGCCCGUGGGGGCCGUCAUCAAUUGUGCGGAUAACUCUGGGCGAAAUGAAGGGUUCGGCUAUCACAGGACCAGUCUCCAAGGAAUGCGCAGAUCUCUGGCCCAGGAUUGCCUCGAACGCCGGGAGCAUUGCCUAGAUGAAGUUGAUUACGUGCCGAUUAAUAAAAACGAACAAAACAUC